AUGCUCAGCAAAAUCAUUUACCUCCCCCUCGAAACUCUAGCCCACACACUAAUUCAACUCGUUGCCAUCAUCCUCUUCCUCGCUUUAAUCAUCGUAACCUAUCUCAUCUACACCAUUCGAUUCAUCUCUAAUCUCACGGGUCUAGCAUUCAUCCUCUAUUAUCUCUGGAACCGACUAACCACCAUCAUAAAAAUCAAAGCCACGAUAGUCUACAGAGAACAACGAGAACUCCGACGACAAAAUGCCGAAGCUAGAACCGAGAGACUCCGCGAAAGAAAUGAAGUGGGUGAGCGCGAAAAAGCACAAAUACGUGAUGCGAUGCGACGAGUCGCAUGGAAAAGAGGAGUAGGGAAGAUGGAUUAUGGGACUGAUUUAGCUGAAGAGGCUAAGAAGUUUAAGUCACGAGGCGAAUCUAAAUUGAAAUCAGGGGAGGCAGACAUGAAAAAUAUCGAAGAAUGGAUAGAAGAUGAAUUAUUCAUACAGAGCCCGCAGGAACUACAAGAAGAGCUUGAAAAAUUGGAAAAUCGAGCGGACUAUGGGGAAAAAGCGGGAUAUUUGGAUGAAGAGGAACAGACGAAAGCUAGAGAGGCGGCGAAGAUUUUGUUGAGAAACGGAGAGGUGGAGGCAUUUCCUAGGUUUGAGGACAUGGAUACUAGGAUGUGA